CGUUUUGCUCCUCCACGCGCGCAUGAUGCAGAGCUGGCCUUUUUGUUGCUCUGCAGACUACCAGAAAGCCUCCUCAGACGCGUAUAUUCCCUGCUCAUUCUCAUAAUCGACAUGGCUGGUGGUCGUCCGUAUCGCAGGAGGUCGCCCUUGGUCUUCGCCCUCGGCGCCGUCUUCCUGCUCAUCUUCCUCCUGCGCUCCGCUUCCCGCGCAACCACAGAAACAUCGCCCGCCGUCGCCUCGGCCAGGCACCCGGCGCACGCCGCUCACCGGCAGCAGCCCGACCUCACAGUCAAGACAAACAUCCAGGAGUUCGAGAGCGCGACAGCCAAAUCGCUCGCGAAGCUGUUCCCAUACGAUCCCAGACUGCAGACAUCCUACCCGCGACACAUCUGGCAGACCUGGAAGCACGCGCGGACAGACUCGCACUUUGAGGAGCGGUUCGUGCGCACGACCGACUCGUGGGCCCGGCUCAAUCCUGACUACACCUUCGAGGUGCUCGACGACGCUGCCGCGGCGGCCAUGAUCCGCCAGCUCUAUGCGCCCGUGCCGGCGGUCGUCGACGCAUACUUUGCAAUGCCGGUCCCCGUCCUGCGCGCAGACUUUUUCAGGUAUCUGAUUCUGCUCGCCCGAGGCGGAAUCUACUCUGACAUUGACACGCGCGCGCUCAAGAGUACAAAGAAAUGGUUCUACUCGGCCGUGGGCCCGGUGGGAACUAUAGACGGCAAGCUCGCCAUCGACCUCUCAGACGAAGAAAAGGAAGAGCUGCGCACGCAGCUCGAGGCAGACACAGGCCUUGUGGUCGGAAUUGAAGCUGACCCUGACCGGCCGGAUUGGCAUGACUGGUACGCGCGCCGAGUGCAGUUCUGCCAAUGGACCAUCAUGGCCAAGAAAGGCCAUCCGGUGCUCGUAAAUAUCGUGGCCAACAUCACGGCAGAGACAUUACACCGACGCGCUACAAACACGCUGAUACUGCCGAAUUCCAAAGAGGCAGGCUCGCAGAUCAUGGACUGGACCGGACCGGGCAUUUGGACAGACACGGUCUUUGACUACUUGGGCGCGGAUUGGCACGCGGCCGCGGGCAUCAAGGACGCAAGAGUCAUGAACGAUGUGCUUAUUUUGCCAAUCACCUCGUUCAGUCCAGGUGUGGGCAACAUGGGCUCGCUUGAGAUCUCGCAUCCAAGAGCGCUGGUGCACCACGCGUUUGAGGGAUCGUGGAAGAGCCAGGCCGAUCGUCAUAUCGGAGGCACGAACUGAAUCAGUUCAGAGUAUCUUUUAGAGUAUACAUAUUUCAAAAUCGGUGGCCGUGAAGUUCUUGUUAUAUAUCUUUAUUCGUUUUUUUCAUUUUACAAUUUUGGGAUUGCCGGAUAUAAAAUCUUUGUUUCGCUAUUGGUUGUUGGUGGGUUUCUCAUAGUCGGUCCUCGACCGCGUACAUAUACAUAUCUCUGUUCAAAAUUGCAGCACCCGGACUUCUAUUUUCUGCUUUUUUCCAUUGUAGAAGACUUGUGUUGUCCGAGCUCGCUCUUUCAUGUUUUACGUUUUGUUUAUGUUUAAUGUUCUGUUUCAAGAGCCGAAGGAAGUGAAAGUUUCUUGGGUGGUUUGGAAGCCUUUGUGACUGUGACCUCGUGUCAAGAGGAGGAGUGGAGGGGAAAAUGUGUGCAUUAGUGUAUAUUUACAUGCCAACAACGCGUAU